GCGUAUGACGUCCGUCGCUGCUUGCAUUGUCUCUCCAGUUGAAUAUCUCCCCGCAGCAACCUUUUGAGUCGGUUAAGGGUCGGCGUCUGUCCGAGUCGCUGCAACUAGCCCAGUUCGAACUUCGAAGGGUAUUGUCCGGGCUGCUGCAUACUUGACUCCAGAUUUGCAGGAAUAGUCGACUCACUCAGGCUGACAUGGAGCGCACUGUUUCCAUCCUGUCUCCUCUGACACCGCAUAACUCAACGUGUGGCUACUGCUCGCCACCAGGGAGAAGAAGCGAGACCAAGUCCAAUUGGCAUGCCGCAGAGUGCAUACCUUUGCGAAUGUCGUGCGAGGCAUACCAAAAGAUGAUAGACCGCGGUUGGAGACGAUCGGGUACGUAUUGUUACAAACCAGAUCUCAAGAAGUCCUGUUGUCCACAGUACACUAUCAAGCUCGACGCUCAUGCAUUCAAACUAUCAAGGAGCCAGCGCAAACUCCUGAACCGCUGGAACCGCUUCGUGCUCCACGGGGAAGGCGGUGAAGACGCCCUCGACGAGGCUGGAAGCAAGCCCAAACAGGGGAAUGCUCACAAAGGGAAGAAGACAGAGACCGCCCUUUCUCUGACUGACUAUAUUCAUGCGUCCGACUAUGACUUCUGUGAGACCGAAUUGCCAGAGCAUCGGUUUGAGGAAAGCUCUUCCCGUUGAUAUGAGGAAUCCAUGAAUUGACUCCAUGUACAACUAGGUUACACUUGAGCCGUCCUCGUUCACGGAUGAGAAAUUCGACCUCUACAAGAGCUAUCAACGCAACAUCCACUGCGAGGAGGAAAACUUGCCGAGCAGCUUCAGGCGUUUCCUUGUUGAAACACCGUUACAGCGUCAAACCAUACAAUACCCUUCUCCGCCAUCUAGACAUCU